AAGAUAGCAUCAAUAUUAAACAUAUCAGAAAAAAAAACUACGCGCAGUUGGCCUUCAAGCAUGGAGACGUGACAGUUUUCGGUGCCGUUAUCUGGACGAAAUAUAUUAUCAACUACCUUUACACACAGUUUAAGAGGGAAUGUUGACAUAUGCACAUACCUUGCAUCGGGUACAAGCUUUAACGAAAGCGAACUUGAUGAAGUAAGGGAACACAUGACACUCCACGUCAAAGCUGUGGUAUUACUUGUCAUUGUAACUGAAGCUUUGUCAUCGAUGAUUUGUUCGAGUGUGUGUCGUGACCAGAAAAAUGUUUCUGUACCAUGUAGCCUCAGGACCUUCUCCGAAUACGAUACGAUAUUGUUGUAUCCGCCACCUAAGGACCAUUGUGGCCCCUCCAAACCAGUGGAAUUUAAGGGUCACGUGCUAUACCCGCCGGAUCACUUAAAAGCAGUACUGGUGUUCACGUGGAGAAGUCCUGAUGACUCCUCCAUUAAGGACUUGGUUGGAUUUCAGAUCACUGUCACAUUCCCAACAAGACAAACUGAGUCACCGACACAGGUUUUCCGAAUAAGGUUCGACAAUUCGUCGACACAUCGAGACUGGUCCUACCAAUUGUCCUGCACAUACACCAAGCCAUCUAUCGACGUCAGAGUAAAUGCUUACUGCCAGAGUCUGCCCAUGUGUGACAACCAUCUCUCAACAUACAAUUUAUCAAUUAACGUGACCCCACAACAAGAUAAAGAUGAGGAUCUAAAUGUUGACACUGCCUCAGCGACAGAGAGGUGGCACCCUGCAUCGACGAUCCCCUCUAAACCAGAUAAAACAGUCGUCGCUGUUGUAGUUUCAGUUGUAUUGGUGAUCAGUUUAACUGGUUUAGUUUGGUUUCUACGUUACAAAGUAUUAAAAACAAAGGAACUUACCUUGAAUUCCACGAGGAAAGGUAGAGAACCUAGCGAUGGACGUUCUACAAACAGUCGCCAUGGCAACACCACAAGCAAAGCCAGAGAUGCCGACCAAAACACACCAACAAAGUUUCAUAUUGAACAGAAUAAUGUUAAAGAAAACAACAGCUGCUCUCACAUGAAUUUCCCAGUUUAUCCAAAAGGCCCUUGUCCCGUGCAUGGCUGUCUUUCACCGAUAGCCACAGACACUCCUGUGGCAGCUGUACAUAGCCAGAAGAAUAGGAUACAUAGUGGUGGCGAUACAUUCUCCAGAGAACAAAUAUUGCUGAAAGAUUUCCGUAAGAGAGAACCACAAGCGGUCAUUGCGGGUGAGAGAGAUGAUAUCUGUAUGUACAAUUCAACACGCAUUGAGGAGAAAUGGCUGAAGUUAAAUGAAGAGAUAUUAUAAUUCCAUAUUUACAAAUCAUUCACAAUAACAUUGCUUGAAUUAAUACCUUAGUUUAAAAAAUCUACCUCACAAAAUUACCAUUAAUCCAUUGAACUACCACUAGUUGUCUCCCUUUAACCAAUCAUCGUGCAAUCUGGUUGUUUAGUCAAAGUGUUAUGGUAUCAUUAGAUAGUUUUCUACGUACCUUUAAUUGAGAAUUAAUAACUAUUCGGUUUUAACUAUAUUGUUGAAAUAAGGCUGUAUUCUUACACUGACCAUUAUUUCCCCUUCGUUCAAUGUUCGUAAUAAUUGUAUUAUAAAAUGACAAUGAUAUGAACCCUAGCAUUAGCCAACUUUCAUUCGUUUUCUGACAUUUUCUGACAUUUUCUCUGCAUAGAAAUUACCUUUUUCUGAAGUAUGUUGUAUAUAUCAUUUAUAUCAUUAUUUCUUUUAAAAUUGAUAUUCAAAUUCGUCAUUCACUUUUGGAGAAGCGAUUUCGAUAAAAAAUGAGAUAACAAUCUAUCCUCGCCAAUGUUCAUAAUCCGCACAUAAACCUAAUCUGAGUCAAUAUUUUUAAUUUUAUGUCGAAUAAAAAAAAACUAGUGAAAUAAAAAGUAAACAUUCAGGUUUCAUUCAUACAGAUGGCAAGAAAAUCAAAUAUAUUUUUACCCAGAUAGAACGAAAUUUAUUAUUAUUGUUUUUGCAACAACUGCAAAAUAUAUUGAAUCACUCUUGUCGACCAGGAAAUAUAGAGGUUACACAAUGAGCGGUUGCUGUAUGUGGUAUUUCUUUUUUUAACUUGAAAAAUAACUAUCGAGAGUGAUAGAAAUACUUUAUACAACAACCAAGCGUUUGUGUGACCUGUUUCUACCACAAUAGAAAAGCUAUUCUGAGGAUGAAUUGACCUAUUUUAUUUUAACGUGUGUUCUCUUCACACUAUCAGGGUGAGGUAGUAGGAUAUAACCUUCAUAAAAAUUCCGCUAAUUAAUAUGCAAAACUGACAAUUUCUGAAAAAUAUUGAAAUAUUACAAUUAAUUUCAAAUCACACAAAUAAUAAGCAAUUUCAUUCUUUUCAAAUCAAUAAAUUGAAGGAAAUCUAUAUAUAUUUUCAUGUAUAUGACAAAAACAACUGUGAACUACUUCUUGUGUGGUAUCAUUUCCAGGACAUCGUGAAGCGACUUCAAGUUUAGCCAAUCAAAUCGCAUUGAACCAUGUGAUUUAAAAAAAGUCCCGGUGAACGGUCAGCGUGUCAACCAAUCACAACGCAUUUAGAGUUUAUUCCAAAUGUGGUAUAAAAUUUGGUAAAUGUUACCAAUCUAAUUAGAAAUAUGUUAAAAUUCAGGCUAUAAAGAAAUUCAACCUAAAAGUCCAUAACAUCCCAUCCAAUUAGAACCACCUAUGAUGACAGAUUGUGACAAAGGAACAAACUUGGUAGAGGACCUUUAGUAUUUAGAUAAUGUACAUAUAUAUUAAACGGUUUCAGAUAACUGUCUAAAUAUGUUCCAGCCUAUCAAAGCUCUUAGUAGCAAUCUUCAACGACAAAUCUGGACAAAUUCUUACAUUUUGUAUAUAUGUUUGGUAUUUGGCAUCUUUUGGUAGCUGUUGUCUGAUUAUCAAUGUAAGCAGUCACUGUCUUUGUUGAAACCCUUUAACACACAGAGGGUCAAAACAUCAAUGUUACAAGAGUUAUCUUUCUUAGUGUACUUUCUCUUCUCCUCCUUGUACAUUGAUGUUCUUCCUUUCAAUGCAACAGCUUUGCUGUAAUCAGCUUUGUAAUCUGCAUGUAUUAUCAUUUUGUUUUCAAAAUUUGUAUACUGUCACAUCAGGAAAACAAUAAUGAAAUGGAUGAUAUAUUGUUGUUUGUUCAUCAGGAAACACAAAUCAAUUUACGGUAUUACUCUCAUAAUAAUAAAUUUA